CUUUGCCAACGACCGCUGGUGGCCGGGUACAACGUCACGGGCCACGAAGCCUUUCUCAUCGACCUUGUCAAUGGCCACCUCGCCACAACGACAACCGCCGCAUCCACUCUAAAUGUGUUGGCGCCGUCGGCGACGGUCCAAGCGUCGUAUGCAGCGCCCGUCUCGUUCACCGCUGUCUUUCCGACCUACGCGCGCCGCGCCAUUAUGACCGAGCUCACGUCGAUCGCGUACGCCGUGCCGCAGCUACGCACUCUCAGCGCGUCGUGGUCGAUGCGCAUGAACGUCCAGCACUGCUACGUCGACUUUGGCCAGUUCUUUGAAGUGGCCCACUCGCGUCAGCGACAAGCGCGCUGCAAGAAAUGGCACGCAACCAAUGCUGCUGUCUACAUGGAGGCUACCUUGCGCAACGUGGUUUGGGCCGACUUUGUUGAAAUUUGGGGUGGAGACAAUGGACCAUUCACGAAAUCGAUCCAGCAGCCGCUCCUCGAGUCGGCGAGAGGCGCUGCCUUUCUCGGAUCGCUCGCCAGUGCUCGCCACAGUACGUCGAUCGAGGACGAGAUACACUACUGGCACCGCGUUGGCAUGCGCCAUUUUCAGCUGCAGUGGCAAAACCUGUGGCAACCCGGCAUCUCGGAAACCAUUUUCGUCCAAAAUGCCCUUGGGAUGCAACAGGUCGUGACGCUCAAGAACGUUCCGCGAACCAACGGUCCCUGGACGUCCCUCAACUUUUUCUGGAUGCCACUCAAUGACAUUUGGACUGGCUACGAUGCGAACCGGAGCAUGGUCCGAGAUACGUCGACGUACUUUGGCGCCAAUGUGAGCGCGUCGAUGCCGGCCAUUAACCUAGAAGUCCUCAACGGCAACAUUGAUAUCUCGGGUGGCUUUGCCGGCCCUGCAUUUCUCGUGCGCAGCAGCAUCGGACCGUUCCUGAGCAUCGACUGCCUCUACCAAGGGGUGCCCCCCGCGCUCGCGCAGCUCUACAUGACGUAUCAAAGCAGCCUCUUCGAGCAACUGCUGAACAAUGCAUCCGCGAUGGCACUGUUUAGCGCGUCGGCGUCCAUCCAACUGUCGCCCGUGCCGCCGACGUGGACAUCUGCAUCGGUCUUUUAUGGCGGGAACCCCAUGUGUACAGCACAGCCCCCCACGUCGUUUGUGCAGCAGUCGUUUGAUUUCUUCGACGACUGUUCUACCCCAGUAGCACUGGAAAUUCCGCUGUAUCCUACGUCGGCGCUCCUCGCACGCACUGUGAUGCCACCAGAAUUCACGGCUGCAGGUGUCUGCGCCCUCACAACCACGCGGGCCGAGUGCUUGAAGGGUCUCGCCUCGACGUCGCAACUGCUCGACCACCUCGCGACGCCGCACCAAGUUGCUGCGUUGAUGGCCAACGUGACGAUCGUCAUUCACGCGAUGAAUCUGAGCCUCAUGCAGUUUGCUACGACGGCCGACGGGUCCUGGACCUUGCUGCAGCAACCACUGCUCGACAAGUCCCAUUUUAGCUUUUUCGGGUGGCUCCUUCUUCUCGAUUGGGUCGUCGGGGCCCGCGAAGUCGUCUCGUUUCAAGGCGACGCGGGCACCGUCACCCUCAUCUCGAACGCGUACUCACCGCAGCUGUACCAGACCGGCGCGCAGCCGCUCGAGACAGCGACCAAGAUCGUGUUGUAUCUCGUCGUUCUCACGUCUGUCGUUCUGGCUGUCGUUGGCGUCGUCGUUCUUUUGCUUGCCGGACACGUGCGAUUGCGCUUUGUCGGGCGCAACCUUUUUUACUUCAACCGCAUCGUCGGCGGCGUCUGGAUCGGCCGCCCCCUUCUGUUUCUUCGAGGCUGCACCGCUGUGCUGCUGCUGAGCUCGACCAAUAUCACCUUGAGAACGGCACAUGGGUAUGUUCGCUUGGUGCAGACGCCGCGACCGUGGUUCGCAUCGGUCGUCACUUGCGGCGAGACCACGUGGCUGACGUAUGUCGUCAGCGAGGUGCUCCUGCUUGCGACGCAUGGGGGGCCGCGCUGGCUGGACGCGAUGGCCUCUGGCAUCUCGUGGCUCGCGCUACUUUGGAUCGAAGCAAUCAUGCCGGUGCAGGUGACGACGUCGUUCGGUCGAUCGUGUUUUGGGCAGGACAUGGACUACGCCGUCGCAUGCACCAGCGGGACAAUCGCGAUUGGCAGCUUUGAGCGCGUGGGGCUCAUCCUUGGCGUGCAGAUCCUUGUGGUGCUAUCCAGCAGCCUCGUGCUAGGCUAUCUCGCAUCGGUGCGCAAGCCAGCACGCGCAUCGAUCCAAGCGAGUCUACUUCUCUCGAGCAUCGCGCACGCAUACGUUCAGUCGAUCGAGAGUUCACCCGACGACUGUACCAUCGAUCUCGUGGCGUGUCUCCUCAGCGGACUUUUGCCCCUGCGCUUUCGAGGCAUCUCGUACACCCUCGACAUGAAACUAUGGGUUCUACUUCAAGACAACGCGUCCUCUGCAUCGUUGCUAAAAACACUGCCCCGGCCGGCAUUGGAUUUCCGCAGCCAUCGCCCCCGCCGCGCCUCGACGCUUUCGCAGAUCCUCAACGCCCCACUCGUUCGGUCGAGUGGCAACAAAGCGAUGUGGCUUCGGCAUCUUCGCAUGGUCAUCGGUGUUUGCUACAUCGGGGCGUCCAUUACGAGCAGUCUCUCGUACCUCAAGGUUUCCCGCGUCAACUUGGCCAACGACCUCUUCUGGGCCAGCUUCAACGUCACGGGUCACCAUGCUUUCUUUGCCAAUUGGCUCAACGAGCAGCUCGUCCUUGGCAAAACGUCGAUGCCACAUCUCCUGCUGGAUGAACCCAGUCUCGUCUCGACCCACUCGUUUGCAGCGCCGACCGCCGUCGUCAAGUCGUCCGCCAGCUACGGCGCCUACCUCCAGCACGAGCCACUUAGCGAGCUCGCGGCUGUCAUUCAAGGACUGCGCCAAACCGACGGCUGCAACGCACCAUGGAUCUUUGUACCUUACUGCUAUCUGGACUUUGAUCAACGAUGGCAGGUCGCCAACUCGGCCAAGCGACAGAUUCGGUGUGCAGACAUGGCGCACAAUGGCGCCGUGUACCUCGAGUCAGUCCUGCGCAACAUUGAUCUUGGCGCCUUUAACGCGUGCUGGGGCAACGCCUUCCAGAUGGGUAUUGCAGACGAGCUUUUAGCGUCCAACGCUGGCACAGCUUGGCUACACGCAACGGUAUCAGCCACCCAAGUCGCGAUCGCCAGCGAGGUGGCACUCUGGCGCCAGCAUGGCAUCCGACACUACAAGGUGCAGUGGCAAAACUACAAGCUCCUCGGCGUCUUCAAUCGGUACUCGAUUGCAAAUGCGUACGGCGUGAAGUACCCGAUGACACUCACAGCACAGAACGGGACGUCCCGCAUCGAGAGUCAAACCAGCUUCAAGAUGUACUGGGCCUUUGCCAACGACUUGCACGCGCUCACAUCCAACACGACGACGAUGGGUGGGCGAAGUUUGCUUCGAUCGAGCACCCGCUUUGCCUUUGCCAACACGUCGCUCGAGUCCAUCUACAUGCAGAACGGGACGCUGCCGUCGCCGCUGCCGGCCAGUUUGCGCCUCGUACAGUCGCUCCUUGGCCCCUUUGGCGCCAUCGAUAUGAUCUACGUGGCGGUGCCGACGGCGUUGCGCGACCUCGUAGCCUCGCUCAUCGAGCUCUCGCGCCUGCCGUUGGCCCACAACCUAACCGCGCAAGCCAUGUAUAUGAACAUCACACCGCUAGACGACUCGUUCCCCGUGCCAGGUCGGUGGUUGGCGCAGGACCUGGUGUCAUACGGCGGCUCGCCGCUCUGCGAAUCGCUUGCAUACGGCUACGCCGUGUCGGUCGGCUUGAUGGGUCUUCCGUCGUUCCAAGGCAGCUGCGUUUUUGCAUCGGGCAGCAUGACCAAGUUCCAGCCGACACGGCAGCAAUAUAUUGUCAGCGCCCUCUUGGCGAGACUGCACGAAUCGCCAUUUGAAGAUGACUUUUCGAACGUGUGCGCUCAUGAACCCACGUUUCCGACCAAGUGCCAGCACUACCUGCGUCAGACGUUAUGGUACAUUCGUUCGGUCAUGCUGCCGCUGCCGUCUGCGACAUUGUUAUCGAUGCAAUCGGCCACGGCAGAAGCUACAGAGAGGAACAUUUCGCUCAUGAUCUACACGCACACAGAGGCGACGGCGCCGCUGUCGAUCCAGACACUCCACUUGCUCGACAAGACCGAGUCGGACUUUCACUUCUUCGCGUGGCUCUUUCUCUACGACUGGGUCCUCGGCAGCCGCGAAGUCAUCUCGUUUGUCGGUGAUCUCGGCCAGAUGACGCUGCUCUCGGACCACCGGCCACCGCUCGCGCAGGAGACGCAAGCGUGGCAAGUCACAGCCAACACCGCCCAGUACCUUCGCGCCGGCGUCACGUACGUCACCUGCGUCAUGCUCGCCGUUGCGAUUCUCCUGACCAUUUACAUUCUGCUCAGCCGCGGGCACUGUGAAGGCUUCAACAUGCUCGAGCUCGGGCGCGUCGGUGGCGUCGUCUGGGUCGGCCGACCAUUGCUGGUUCUACGGAGUAUGACGGCGGUCUGCGUGCUCUCAAGUGCGACCUUGGAGCUCCAGCACUCGGGCUACAUGACCUCCUUUGCAACGCUGCAAGAUCCAUGGUACAAGACUCUGCUCGCGGCCAACGAAGUCACGUGGCUCGUCUCGAUCCUCAAUGACGUUUGCCUCGUAUGGACGCGAGAACUCUCGGCCUACUAUGUCGUGCUCAACGUCCUCGUUGUCGUUCUCGUCGUCGCGGUGCUCACGGCGCUCGCACCGGUCCGCGCAACGGCCAACAUCGAUCUGCAAUGUGUGGUCGCCCACGUGGAUUGGCACGUGCUGUGUGACGCAGGCGGCAUCACGAUCGGCGACGUGUCGCGGCUGCAAGUGUUGAUCGGAAUCGUCUUCUUGUGCAAUGUGCUAUGCUUUUACGCAGUCAAACUCAGCGUAAACACAGCGCCGAGCCACGUCACGUCGCUCUUCCUCUCGUCGGGCGCCAAGUACCUCUAUCGGCACGACGGCCGUGUCUUUAACGGGGCCUACUACCUCGAUCGCGCAUCCGCUGCGCUCGUUGGUCUCCUCAGCGUCCGUAUCGGGUCGCGCAUGUACAGCUUGGACAUUAAGAGCUGGCGCACCUUUGUACUCGACGUUCCACAGAGCGAAGUACCAUCGACGCAUGGCAUGGCUGCGGCGUUCAACGCUGCCUACCCCCUCUUGGAUUGA